CAUAUUAUUUUGUUGGUAUGUUUUAUUUUUAAAUACUGCCAAAAGUUGUUGGGGAUAUUUGUGAUUUUCAGUCAAAUUGUAAGAAAUUACAGCCACCAUUUUAUCGAUUAGUUUUAAAUUUCUUGAUACUCGUCAGGAAUACGUUAUUAAACUCGACCUCCAUUCGUAUAAAGUUGCAGUUUAGUUGCAAGUAGGAUGACGACUGAGAAUAGGACGAACUUGGUCCCCGAUCUAUCCACACUUUCUGUCGCCGACUCUGUACUAAGGCCUCUAGACAAAGAAUUGCUCGAGCCUCAGUUUUACCCUGAUCCCGUAGUAUUUAGAGCAAGCCUGGAGAAAUUAAACAAAGAUGACAUUGAACUCAAGAAAAAUCUUACAUCCAACAAAGCCACCCUCCGUGUUCUUGCACCGUACCUCAAGACCAUAUAUACGGACCAGAAGAGAAUUAUAGAAACUGCUAGGAUCAAGAGGGCGACGAAGACAAAAGAUGUCAAACUGUUAUACGACAGAAAGUCAACGGACGUUAUGAGAGCUAGUCCAGACGUGUUGGAGAAAUUUGAGACGAUAAUCGCCAUUCACGAAACGGCCGACGUUCUCAAAACACUGAUAAAAGCGAACAACGUGGUUUCCUACAUGGUAAAUUCUGAUAAAGGUGAGCUAUAUCAAAAUCCCCGCCAUAUCGUCUCAUCUACUUCGAAAUUGACGAGCAAGAUAGAACAAGGAACUACGAUGGCGGCUUAUUCAGCCUUCACGAAAGACUACGUGAUGUCGGAUAGCGUCUUUGCGGACGGAAGAUUUCCCCUCGGAUUGGGAUACGAAACUUCAAUUACGAAAUACGCGAUGUGCGUCCCCGUGAAGACACCUGAUGAUAAACUGGUCGCCAUCUACGAGUUGACUAGAGGCGCUUACGAGUCGGCCUUCACCAAGAGAGAUCUUCAGAUUGUUCUGGCCGUGACCGCUUGGAUGGGAGUGUCCAUCACGCAAAACGAACUGUACAACUCGCUGAUGAGAGAACAGGACCUGACUGACCAUCUGCUCCAUAUAACAGACAUCUAUCACUGUGAGUACGCCGACGUGGACAAGACGUUGUCGGACAUCGCCAUGCUCGCGCGAGAGGUGGUGGGGGCGGAGCGUUGUAACUUGUACGUGGUGGACAAGGAGAGUAAAGGUGCUUUGAUCGUGGAAGAAUACGAUCAAGGCUCCAGCAAUCAGGAGCUUUUCAAGAAACGAACUAAAAAGACUAUAGAGUCGGACGGUUCUGUUUUGAGCAAAGUGUUGUUCAAUAAGCAAAUAGUGAAUACGCACCACCCAAACCUGGAAGUGGGUCCAGAGGGGGAGCUUGUAGUUAGGUCUCUACUUUGUGUACCGAUUAUAUGCGAUAAAACUGCCAUCGGAGCAAUACAAAUGACUAAUAAGCGGAACGAAAUUAAGUUUGAUAAAAAAGACGAGGAGAUGCUCGAAAAGUUUUCUACCUUUUGCGCAAUCAAUGUAAAUCACUCUAAAAGUCAUAACAGGGUAUAUAAGUCUGAAUUGCAGAACAAGAUGAAUCUAGAAAUGGCAAUGUACCACUUGAAACCCUGCGUUCACGAACGGGAGGCAACCAACACUUCCAGGAACAGUGUGACGACGAGUCCUGACCAGUUCUUCACGUUCGGUUGGUCUCCGACUCAAGAAGACUUACCGAGGGUGGCAGAACUUACGAUGUGCUUAUUUCAAGAAGUGUUCGGAAACAAGUUUAUGCAUUCUCAUAACGUUCAAAAUUUUAUCUUGACAGUCCAAAAGUGCUACAGGCCCAAUCCGUACCAUAAUUUUCUUCACGCAUUUUACGCAACUCACACCAUGGCAAAUAUCAUAAUCCGUAAUCAGAAUUUCUUCAGUGAAAUCGAACGGAGAGCUCUUAUGGUGGCUGCGUUAUGUCAAGACGUGGACCACCCAGGCAGUAGCAACAUCUUCAUCCACAUGAAGAAACAUCACUUGUCCGAGCUUUACUCGUCCUCGCCUCUUGAGAACCAUCAUUUCGCGGUGGCCAGAUUAAUAAUUGAUCAGAGCAAUCUAUUUAAGAAUCUGAAAACGGAUGUGUACGAGGUGUUACUACAGGAGAUCUACAAUAACAUCAUAGCCACAGACAUCACUCUUUAUUUCCAGUUCAUACAGGAACUGAGACAAUCUGUUGACAACAAAUCCUUUUCGUUUCAAGAACCGAGUGACAGACGGCUCGUGAAGAAUUUCCUUAUGCUCGCGUGUAGUUUGUCCGAUCAGACGAUGCCUCUCCCUAUGGGUAAGAAGAUCGCUGACAGAAUCCACGAGGAGAUGUUCAGAUUGGGAGACAUCGAGAGCCUAGGAGGAAAUGAACUUUUACCCUGUAUGGAUCGUGACGACAUCGACAUGAUACCAGAAGAAAGAAUCCAGUUUUUAAGUGUAGUCGUUCUUCCUUGCGUGCAGGUAGUUUCAAAUAUAUUCAGCGCGUUUGUUGCAGUAGAGGAGAAUGUUAAACUGCUUUUGGAACAGUGGAAAGAGUUAGUUCUAACCAAAGAUCAAGACAUGUGGAAACCUCAGGAGUCUUAUAAGUCAUAAUAGAUGAAUGAGUACACACACUUUGAAUCGUAUGUUCUGAAGCCUUCAGGCAAUAUUUAUCACUUUCCAAUUAUUUUUACAUAACAUAAAUCAUCUAUAUUUAUAUAUAAAAUCUUUUUGGUUGAAUUUGGAUGUAAUAUACAAAUUAAAUUAGUUAAAUGCUACUAAAUAAUUAAAUUAGGAAUCUCUCGGCAAACAUAUUCUUAUAGUUGCCGAAUGUUAACUUCUUCUUCUCUGAUUGUAGUACUUCAAUACAUUGUAAAUCUGUAUAUUAAAAUUUAAUUUUAAGGUGCCAAAAAUGUAAUUUAUAAAAAUAAAUACUUACGAA